AUUUAGACAGCUCCUCAGGAUGUGAGCAAGGAGUGUAUACCACAGACGACAGCAGACGAUUGGAAACGCAACAUUGGCGAGUUUUCGAGCGGGGAAUACACUGACAAUCUGGGGGUUUAGCAACCAGGGGAGUCCACAAUGACUUGGGGAACGGAGCUUUGGGACCAGUUUGAAAACCUUGACAAGCAUACUCAGUGGGGGAUCGACUUCCUAGAGAGGUAUGCAAAGUUUGUCAAGGAAAGGCUGGAGAUUGAACAGACCUAUGCAAAACAGUUAAGGAACCUGGUUAAGAAGUACUGUCCCAAGCGCUCCAAAGAUGAUGAACCUAGGUUCUCGUCGUGCAUGUCCUUCUACUCCAUCCUGAAUGAGCUGAAUGACUACGCGGGGCAGAGGGAGGUAGUGGCCGAGGAGAUGGGACACAAUGUGUACGGAGAGCUGAUGAGGUAUUCACAGGACCUCAAGUCAGAGAGGAAACACCACCUUCAGGAGGGCAGGAAGGCCCAGCAGUAUCUGGACCAGUGUUGGAAACAUAUGGACAAUAGCAAGAAGAAGUUUGAGCGGGAGUGCAAGGAGGCAGAGAAAUCACAGAUCAGCUACGACCGGUUGGACAACGACAUCAACGCCACCAAGUCGGAGGUAGAAAAGGCAAAGUACCAGUUGUACCUGCGCACACACUCGGCAGACGAGAGUAAGAACGAGUACGCCGCUCAGCUGCAGAACUUUAACGGGGAACAGUGGAAACAUUUCAAUGUGGCCAUUCCACAGAUAUUCAAGAACCUGCAGGACAUGGACGAGAGGCGGACAGUGAAGCUGGGAGAGACGUACCGGAGCUUUGCCGAAGUGGAGCGCAGAGUCGUCCCCAUCAUCUCCAAGUGUCUGGAGGGAAUGGUGACUGCUGCCAAGGCUGUGGACCAACGCAAGGACUCAGCGAUUGUAGUGGAGUCAUUUAAGUCAGGCUUUGAGCCUCCGGGGGACUUCCCAUUUGAGGACUACAGUCAGAACCUUUCCCGGACGGGCUCAGACAACACCAUCAGCACCCCCAAGAACGAGGGGGUGGUCAAGCCAGACCCCAAACACUCGAUUAGCAAGGUGGCCAAGAACAAACUGUGGCUCUUUGGGAAAAAGCCCAAGCCCUCCUCUCCUCCCCCUGCUCCCCACCGCCCCGACCUGGCUACCGCCAGCCACUGUCAGGCUCCUAAAUUUGCUACUGACCCCAUAGCUUUCUGUCUGUCUGAACUGAGAACGGUCAAACCCAGGAUAGCCUCUUUCAGGGGUCUUAAACGAGGGUGGUCAGUGAAGGCUCCGUCACUGGAGGACUUCAGCCAUCUGCCUCCCGAACAGAGACGCAAGAGGCUGCAGGCUCGGAUCGAUGAGCUCAGCAAAGAACUACAGAAAGAGGUGGACCAAAGAGAUGCACUGAACAAGAUGAAGGACGUGUAUGAGAAGAACCCUCAGAUGGGCGACCCACAGAGCCUCCAGCCCAAGAUCUCUGAGACCAUGUGCAACAUGGAGAAACUACGCUCCGAGAUCCACAAGAAUGAGAGCUGGCUGUCAGAGGUGGAGGGUAAGGUGAGCACCAGAGGAGAUCGAAGACCCAGUGCCGACGUCAACCAUCACACACCCCAUGGCAGAGAGAGCCCUGAGGGCAGUUACACAGAUGACCCCAGCCAGGAGCACCGCAGCCCCCCUCACCAGCCAGACCCCCGACAGGCCCACCAGCCAGACCCCCGACAGGCCCACCAACCAGACGAGUUUGAUGAUGAAUUUGACAAUGACGACCCCCUCCCAGUCCUUGGCCACUGCAAAGCGCUCUACUCCUUUGAUGGUCAGAAUGAGGGAACACUGUUGAUGAAGGAGGACGACGUGCUGUACAUCAUCGAGGAGGACAAGGGCGACGGCUGGACGCGAGCCAGGAAGCAGAGCGGAGAGGAGGGCUAUGUGCCCACGUCCUACGUGGAGAUCGCCAUGGAGAAGAACAGCAAAGGUGCAGUCACCUACAUCUGAUCUGACCACCUGCACGGACUCAUAUUAUAAGCCCUCUUCCUCUGGGGAGUGCUGGUCCGACCAGCAAGUCCUCUUUGUUCACUGUGUGAGCUCACGGACAAACAAACACUCUACAGUCCUGCUAUUGUCGUGACCCUCUAGGAGCUCAGUAUCAAUGAAUUAAGCCAUGUGUGUCUGUAGGACGACAUAUCCAUAGCCAUCAUGCUCUAUGGCAAGGGGACUCGUAACCCCUUAGGCCUGAUUAUUUUAUUUAAUAUUUCAAAAGUGAUUUGUUGUUUUUAGUUCAUGUAUUUUUUUUUGAGGUAGAUGAUAAAAUGCUCUUCUGGUUUUAAGAUCGUUCUACUUUGGAUCAAAGUGAUUUGGAAAAUAGGAAAAGUGACUUAUACAGAUUUGACCCAUUGUAUUGUCUAUAUGUUAUCACUCAGCUGUUGUGAGCCUGGUAUGUUAAGUACUCUGCUCCACCUAUUAAGACAGGAAUGCAGUAAUACGUCCCCGGUAAGGAGUGGCCUAGUUUGUGCCUAUAUGACUCAUAUUUCCCACCACCAUACUACCCUUUAAGAUAAUUGUACACUUCUUCUCUCUUCCUUUGAUUUGUAUGCGUGUGUGUCACAACAAUGCUGCCCUCUGGUGGCCAAGGUUAUAUUACACCCAGGGGUGUGGUUUUUCAGUGUGUACUACUUACUGUUCGCUAUCUGUCUCUGUCCUAGGGGUGGGGGUCGGUACAGUAACUCCUCUCCUUUCUCUCUCUCUCUCCUGUUGGACUGCAGGUUCCUGAGUGGAGCAGUGUGGCGAGGUCUUUGGUGGAGGGUACAUGCUGAGGCUGGUGGAGCUAGUGGCAGACAGGGCUUGACUUGGGAGAGGAGGGGGUUGGCAGGUCACAUGUUUGCAUGCACACAUCCAUGGCCAUUAACAUCAUUCCAUAGCAGUGGAGAUUCCUGAGGUGGUAGCUAUGCCUCUAUAGGAGGGGAGUGUUCUUCUAAACUGUCUAUACACAACACAGAGUAACCAAUCCACUGCAGCAUACCAGCAAGAUCAGGGACCAGGGAGGGGGCUUAUAGUUAGCGACUCACCACAUCUUUUAUAAUGAGAGAUAAGCAAUGAAUACACUACUACUCCACUAUUACGCAUCUCUUAAUGUUGUAUUUCUGCUCUUCAGGCAACAUCCAGCACUAACAGCCUGCCUUGUUGUUGCAUUGUUACAUUCUCAUUCCGUUGUUUGGGAAUGUCUGCCUGACUGUGCUACUCGCCUGCAGUCGCCUUACCUUAACGUGCUUCAGCAUGUCUGUAAUAUGAACUGUUAUUACGUCAUACAGGAAGGAAUGCAGCGUUGUCUUGUAUGUAACUCUGUAGUUGCCCCCACCGCCCGUUGCUUCACUUCUAAUCUUCCUGUCUGUCUCCUUCAUUCAUCCAUGAUUUUUGUUUCUUUUGUCUCUCCGUUUCUUUUCUUUCUGUGUUAAUCGAAACAUUCCCAUCAUGCUGUGUGUGUGUGUGUGUGUGUGUGUGUGUGUGUGUUGAGCGUCACCUCUGUCGUGCUCUUGUUCAGGAUCUCAUGUGGCACGGCCACUCAGAUCAGCGUAGGAGCAGUACUUCUUUAGAAACAGCAUGCCUGCCCUUACACUACCACUUCAUCCCCUCCUCCUCAACCCUGCAACAGCACCGCAGACCGGAGAAAGGCAGCAUGCCAGCAGAGGGCCCUCCUCCCUCACCAGCCAGUCAUCACACAGCAGCUCAGGCUAGGAAACCUGGAGGCUGAGCUGAGACAAAUGACAGGGCAUCCACCCGCAAUUCAACAACAACACUCCAAAUCUCCUUGCAGUCUCUGCCUUAAUACUAACUCUGGGAGUGGGGAUGGACCUGCCGAUUACUCUUCCAUCACUCUCUGCCGCACACAAGGGCUCCAACCGACAGUCUACGGUGGCUUGCUGUGUGGUGCUCCUCUGGGCCCCACCCAGACUCCUGCCGCGUCUCUUCUCCUCGGUCUCACCGGAGCAUCCUGGGGCUUUGCUGCGUGCAGUCUCCACGUGAAAGAGUGUUGCAUUCCCAUACCGUUCCUGUUUCAAGCGCAUAUUAUAAUUGUGAAUGUGGUUAUACAUAUGUAUGCGUACUAAUGUGUGUAUGCAUAUACGUAGUUUGUUUUAUUACUCAAUUGUAUGUAUUAACAUCUCUUUUAUUUCACGCUGAAUGUGUUUUUAUUGUGACUUUUUAUAGGGAUUUUAAUCAGAUGAAUGACUCCCUUCUCAGAAUCGUGCCGUUAGCUCAAAGUAACCAUGCAUUGUUGUCAGAACAUCCUUCUGAAUAGGGACAUGGUCUUCACUGAUGCACUUUUGCCCUAUAGCAUUUGAAUCGAAUAUCAAUGAAUAAAUGAAUGAAUGAAAUGGACUCUGUAUGCUACCUUUUGUACAAAUGUAAGGUGACCACUGUUAUUAUAGGAGGUGUAGAGUUCAGAAAUACCACAAAAUAAAGGCAUUUACUGUAUCUAGCCAUGUAAAUGCUUUUGAUCCUAACCCUCUUGAAUUGAAUGAAUUUGAAAGUGAAUUGAAUUUGCAUAUGAGCAUAAUUGACAUGGUGAGUGAUUGGACUUUAAUCAGAGAAGUUAAGUAGCUUUUAUGAGACUGACACAGCGUUUUACCCUUGGCAGGGUAUAAUAUUAGCUAUUAAAAACAACUUUUUCUGCGGUAAAUUUGAUGGUCCCACUUUGAAAUGCUUAUAGGAGCAGUGCUUCAGUUCUUAAUAAAUACUUAAAGCUGUGAAAGUGACAUUGUUAUCAUAUCAUGAUAUGCUCAUCUUACUUGAACUGUACCUCUGAACUUCCUAAAGAAACCCCUUGUUCGUACUUCCAUUGGAUGUCUUGAUUAAGACCGAUCUGCUUCGUUGAUUAAUGUGCACUAACAAAGCUCAUGCAGAUCAAAUGGAACAGUGCACGUUCUAUGAGUCCUGUGAUUUUUAGUUGAUCAUGUCAAUUCCAUUGCCUGCAUGAAUGCUCUCAUUUGAAUCAUCACUCCUCUCUUGUUGAACUGGUUAAUAGGUGUGUUAUCAGAAAGUGGGGGUUGGAAUCCUCCCUUUCGUUUCAGUGAAAUUGUGGCUUUCAGAGCAUGAAGGUGCUUGACUCGACAUUUCUGGAGCUUACAGCAAAUAUGUAUUGACCCUACAAUAUCAUCCAAUAUCAUCCAAUAUCUAGAACAUGGCAUUGUAGAUCUCUGAAUCAGGAGAAGCUGUCAUGGUGUAAGUAGUUGAUUUGAAUAUGAAGCACCUUAACCUGUUAAUUUCAGCAGUGUGUGUGUCUGGCUAUCCUUCAUUAGUAGGAUUUUGACACACUUUUCGCUAAUGGCCUAAAACAGUGCUGACCGUAUUCUUGGCACCUUUGUGCAAGUGGCCUUCAGUGGUGACAAAGUAUGACGAUGGGUAAUGCUGUAGGUUUUUCACUAGCAAUCUUAAGCAAAAGUUACGUGAUUUUCACUUUGGAUUAAAACUGUGAGCUAAAUCAUAUCCAUUAUGCUGUAAUUCUGAUUAUUAUGCAAAAAAAAACUCAACAAUAUGCUUUAAGAUAUCACGGCAAGGAGCAAAUUGUGUUAUCUACCAACCUAGCUGAGUUGGCAUGGUAGCAAAUUCGUUUAAUUUCAAAAAGUAGAUAUGAUAAUCUCACUGACUCUUAUUUUAACACGUUGUAAUAAUCAAUGGCAGUACUUCUAUUUCUUCAUGUUGUUGUGCACAUCUCUUUACUUUUUCAUGUUGUCAAGACACUUUGUGGGGGUAAAAAAAUCUGUUUUUUCUCAUUGUUCUAAUAAAACAAACAUGAACAUACCAAAGAA